CAAUCGUUAAGUGCUAUGUAUUUCUCUGGCUAUAAAAGGCUUGUCCGCACCUCCAUUCCUCACCAAGUUAGCUAAAGAGAGAGAAAAGCUUGUGGGAAGUGAUCGCCAAGUGUUGGAGAGAGAUGGAGAGCACAGUUGGGCAGGUCAUAAAAUGCAGAGCUGCUGUUGCAUGGGAGGCAGGGAAGCCAUUGGUGAUCGAAGAGGUGGAGGUGGCACCACCUCAGGCGUUGGAGGUUCGAUUGAAGAUCCUGUACACAUCACUCUGCCACACUGAUGUUUACUUCUGGGAAGCCAAGGGUCAAAAACCAAUCUUUCCAAGAAUCUUGGGCCAUGAGGCAGCAGGGAUCGUAGAGAGUGUUGGAGAGGGAGUGACGGAUCUGGCACCAGGAGAUCAUGUCCUCCCGGUCUUCACAGGAGAAUGCAAAGAAUGUGCUCACUGCUUGUCCGAAGAGAGCAACAUGUGCAACCUCCUGAGGAUAAACACCGACAGGGGAGUGAUGCUCAGCGAUGGCCAGUCGAGGUUCACCAUCAAAGGCAAGCCCAUCAACCACUUCCUUGGCACCUCCACCUUCAGCGAGUACACCGUCGUCCACAGCGGCUGCGUCGCCAAGAUCAAUCCCUUGGCCCCCCUCGACAAAGUGUGCGUGCUCAGCUGCGGCUUCUCAACUGGCUUUGGUGCCACUGUCAAUGUCGCCAAACCAACGAAGGGCUCGACGGUGGCAGUUUUCGGACUGGGUGCAGUAGGCCUUGCUGCCGCGGAAGGUGCAAGAGUCUCAGGGGCUUCAAGGAUCAUUGGAGUUGAUGUGAACCCCAAGAGAUUUGAAGAAGCCAAGAAGUUUGGAGUCAACGAAUUCGUGAAUCCAAAAGACUAUGACAGACCUGUUCAGGAGGUGAUUGCUGAAAUGACCGGCGGUGGAGCCGACCGGAGCGUGGAGUGCACCGGGAACAUCGACGCCAUGAUAUCUGCGUUCGAGUGCGUUCAUGAUGGUUGGGGAGUGGCUGUGCUGGUUGGUGUGCCUCAUAAAGACGCUGUCCUCAAGACUCAUCCUGUUAAUUUCUUGAACGAAAGGACCCUCAAGGGGACUUUCUUCGGGAACUACAAACCUCGAUCUGAUCUCCCCUCAGUGGUUGAGAGAUACAUGAACAAGGAGAUAGAGUUGGAGAAGUUCAUCACGCAUGAAGUGACCUUCUCAGAGAUCAACAAGGCAUUCGACUACAUGCUCCAAGGGGCCAGCCUCAGGUGCAUCAUCCGCAUGGACGGCUGACGCUUGUCCUCCUCCUUCCUCCAGGAUGCAGCUACAUGCCGUAGAACCUCAAUUACCUUGCCUUUGACUUUGACUAAAAUGGAGUAUAUUUAUAUUUCUGUAAUUAAUGCUUGCUGUAAAUAAUGCAAGUUGCCCCUAUAGCUCAGUGGUAGAGCGUCAGUCUUGUAAACUGAAGGUCUGUAGUUCGAUCCUGCAUGGGGGCAUUGUGUAUUUUGCCUUUUUUUGUUAAUAUUGAAUAAAUAAGAGUCAUUAUUGACUA